GAACAUUGCUAUUAUCAGGGAAAAAUUCGAGGAAAUUCUGUAUCAUUUGUUGCCUUGUCAACAUGCCAUGGAUUACAUGGGAUGUUCUAUGAUGGAAAUCAUACUUACCUUAUUGAACCAGAUGAAAACUACACUUCAGAUGAUGACUUCCAUUUCCACUCUGUUUACAAAUCCAAGUUGUUUGAAUUUCCUUCAGUCGACCUGCCAUCUGAAUUCUGGCAGACGAAUAGCACAUCACAGAAUUUUGUUGUAAGGCCAAGACACAAAAGAAGGAAAAGGCAGGUUCGUCAGAUUCCACGUAAAGUUGAAGAGGAAACAAAAUAUAUUGAGUUGAUGAUUGUAAAUGAUCAUCUAAUGUGUAAAAAGCACCGCUUGUCAGUCGGCCAUACCAACAGUUAUGCUAAAUCAGUUGUGAACAUGGCUGAUCUGAUAUAUAAAGAACAACUUAACACCAGGAUAGUAUUGGUUGCCAUGGAAACCUGGGCUACUGAUAACAAGUUCACCAUAUCUGAAAACCCCUUGGUGACUCUACGUGAGUUUAUGAAAUAUAGGAGGGAUUUUAUCAGAGAGAAAAGUGACGCAGUUCACCUUUUUUCGGGGAGUCGAUUUCAGAGCAGUCGAAGUGGUGUAGCCCACACUGGUGGAAUCUGCUCCUUGCUUAAAGGCGGAGGUGUGAAUGAGUUUGGAAAGCCGGACUUAAUGGCAGUUACCCUGGCGCAGACCUUGGCCCAAAAUAUUGGCAUUUUCUCAGACAGAAGAAAACUUCUAAGUGGUGAAUGUAAGUGUGAGGACAUGUGGUCUGGAUGCAUAAUGGGAGAUAUGGGGUACUAUCUUCCAAGCAAAUUCUCCGAGUGUGAUAUUGAAGAGUAUCAUGAAUUUUUAAACAAUGGAGGUGGGGCCUGCCUUUUCAAUAAACCAACCAAACUUCUGGAUCCUCCAGAAUGUGGCAAUGGCUUUGUGGAAGAUGGAGAGGAAUGUGACUGUGGGACAAUAGCGGAGUGUGCCAGUGAAGGAGGAGAGUGCUGCAAUACCUGCACCCUGACCGCGGGCUCCCAGUGCAGCAACGGGCUCUGCUGCCGCAAGUGCCGGUUUGAACCUAAAGGAGUUUUGUGUCGAGAAGCAGUGAAUGAUUGUGAUAUUGCAGAGAACUGCACAGGAAAUUCCAGCCAGUGUUCUCCUAAUAUCCAUAAAAUGGAUGGAUAUUCAUGUGAUAACAGACAGGGUAUUUGCUUUGGAGGAAGAUGUAAAACCAGAGACCGGCAAUGUAAAUAUAUCUGGGGUGAAAAAGUGACAGCUGCUGACAGGUACUGCUAUGAGAAGCUGAAUAUUGAGGGGACUGAGAAAGGAAACUGUGGAAGAGACAAGGACUCUUGGGUACAGUGCAAUAAACAGGAUGUGCUUUGUGGGUACCUUCUGUGCUCCAAUAUAUCCAGUGUGCCCAGACUUGGAGAACUUGAUGGUGAAAUCACAACAUCAAUCUUGCACUAUGGAAAAGUCUACAAUUGCAGUGGUGGCCACGUGAAGCUCGAUGAGGACACGGACCUGGGCUACGUGGAGAACGGGACGCCGUGCGGGCCGGACAUGGUGUGCCUGGACCAUCGCUGCCUCCCCACCGAGGCCUUCAACUUCAGCACCUGCCCGGGCACCACCGACAGCCAGAUUUGUUCAGGACACGGGGUUUGUAGCAAUGAAAUAAAAUGCGUCUGUGACCGAUUUUGGGGAGGAGAUGACUGCAGUGCUCAUAUCAAAGAUGAUCUAUUUUUUGAUAAGGAUGCCAUCAAUAAAGGCGUGGUUAGCACAAAUAUAAUAAUAGGGGCUAUUGCUGGCACCAUUUUAGUGUUGGCUCUCGUUUUAGGAAUAACUGCUUGGGGUUACAAACAAAUACCCCAGGGAGAUUAUGUAAAAAAGCCGGGAGAGGCCGACUCUUUUUAUAGCGACAUGCCUCCUGGAGUCAGCACAAACUCUGCAUCUAGUUCUAAGAAGAGGUCAAAUGGAUUAUCUCAUUCCUGGAGUGAAAGGAUCCCAGACACAAAACAUAUUUCAGACAUUUGUGAAAAUGGGAGGCCUAGGAGUAAUUCUUGGCAAGGUAAUAUAGGAGGAAACAGAAAGAAAGUCAGAGGCAAAAGAUUUAGGCCACGGUCUAAUUCAACUGACCGGGUAACCCAUGCAUCUGAGCCUGGGCUUUCUCUCGCCCACCAAAUCCCUGCCCAAGGCAUAAGCCCAGGGGGUUCUGACCACCCCCAAACAGGGAGUCGGGAUCACAGGACACUGUCUCCUGCAAAGUCUCCGUCUUCAUCCACUGGAUCUAUUGCUUCCAGCAGAAAAUACCCUUACCCGAUGCCACCACUUCCUGAUGAAGAGAAAAAAGUCAACAGGCAAAGUGCCAGGCUAUGGGAGACAUCCAUCUAGCAGCAGUGUUUUCCUGGGGUCACAUCAGAACUGUUUACUUUGGAUUUUAUAGGAACUCAGCAUCACUGAGUCACUGCACAUUCAUCUGCUCUUCAGACAAUUUGAAAGAUCAACAGAGAUGCCGGUGAUAACCUCCUGUCAUGUGGAAAGGAAAAAAACAGUCUUUUCUUUUUCUUUCUUUUUUGUUGACUUGUAUUUUAUGGAUUUUAUGAACAACCAAAAUCAUAACAUUUGACAGAGAAUAAUUAGCCCAGAUGUGACAAGGCUGUUCCGCAUGGUGACCUAGAAUCCCAGCUGCAGUCCAUUUGCCAGUCCUGUGUAAGAGAGGUUUUUCUCUGGUUUACUGCAGUCCUGAGUCAGACCAGAGUGGAACUGGGAACGUGCCUCACGGACAGCCCAGCUGAUGUAAACUUGUACGCUGUAUGCAUGAACCUUGUGUUCUUUACUUUCCACAUGUAAGGGAAAAACAACAUACUGUAGUAGAGAUUAGCAUGCAGGAGUAAGAAAUAUAGGAUUUUUUUUUGUGACAGGAUUUCAAGCUUUGAAAGGCAACUAUUUGACACAAACGGCAAACAAACAAAGAUUAUAUCUUUUUUUUUUUUUACCUUACAUGUUUAUAAUCUCAGUAUACAGAUUGUAUAUAUGUAAACAUUCAAUAAUGUCAAAAGUAGCUGUUAUACGUAUGUGUAUUUUGCCAAAUGCCUAAAGAAACAGUCAUGACUAACAUCAUCACACUUCAGAUUUUCUAAUAUUAUGAGCAGACAUCCUUGGAAAUACAGAAAGUACAGUACUGUAAAACUGUAUCUCUCAGAAACUGGUGUUUGACCAAAAUCUAAACAACUUUUUCAGCAUCUUAUACAGUCUUGACAAUCUCAGUUGUACAGUAGACUGCGGAAACCAGUACAGGAGCACUUCGUCUUAAAUCAUCGUAAAAGGAACCAGCCAAAAUCCCUUGUUUAGUAAGAUAACCACUGUAUCCUCUCACUGGUGUAAUCAAGAAUGAUUCAGCAGACAGCAGAGUCUUUAAGUCAUGUGCAGCCCAACUUACUGGACAUUUGGGAAUACCUCUAAGUGGUCAAUUCAGGAUGUGGUGAUGUGAAGUCUGUCUGUGAGAGUUGCUGUGUAUUUUUGAUAGAGCAUUUCAGACACUGUUUUCAAUGGCAAGGCAUAGGCUUAUGAGAAGCAUAACGAUUUCACUGCACUAGAUAAUAACAGUGCUGGGAAAGUGGCCAGUUUCAUUGCUGUCUUUCAAUUUUUAUUUGUUACUGGAAUCGCAUUUACCAUGUGCUUGAAUGCUAUGCUUGCUGCCCCUGAAGCCCCCUUGACAAUUUUUUGGGGCAUUAAACUGAGCACAAAUGAAUUUAGCUUAAAAAGAAUAGGGGGGGAACAACUCUUUACCGUGUUAAUCUUGUCUGUAAGUUGAUGUUAUAUUUCUAACACCCGAGACUUCUGAAGGUUGUUGUAAAGCAAAUGCCUUCUGGUUGGGAAUUUUCAGUUAGUGAGAAACUGGACCAUAUUAAAUCAGUUUAUAAUUCUCUGGUUUUCCAAAACUGACUACUUCUUAGCUUCAGGUAGUACCAUUGCAAAACAAAACACCUGACUCUGUGGUGCAGUUGAGUACCCUACCCAACAGCUGUAUGAUUAAUUAGAUAUUAUUGUAAUGGGAACAUCUAUGGUGUUUCUGAAUCUUCUACCUCUUUCAUGUAUUUCCUUUAGUAAGUGAACCCAACACUUGCAGCCUUUUAAUGUAUUUUUUUAACUUUUACGUCUCUCAAUAAAGUCAGAUAUAUGUAAGAUUAAAUUAAUAAAUGUUUAAAGAUGUCGGCAGCUGUAAAAUAUGUAAGAUUUUUAGAAGCACUAUAUUUUAUGAUUAGGCUGUAUGUAUGAUUAUGACAAAAUAUUGGCCUUGGCAUUCAAAUGAUUUUCUCACAGUCAACAGGUUCUGGUAAGUAUUUGGAAAAAGACAAAUAUAAGUGAGCACAAGUGGGUGCAGACUGACCAUCUGGAAAGAGACAGUCACUGGUAACUGCUUUAGGGAAAGAUUCUGCAUUUUUGUGAAAGGUAAAUAUAUCAAUCAGCACUGAAGAUUAUUUUUUGCAAAGAUUUACUUUGAGUGUAGCUAUCUGGAUUAAACAUAGUUGAUAGCAUGUAGCUUAUGAAAUUAGGGUCUGAGCCAUAGCAUGAAAUCAAUAUGUCUUUUGUUGAUUUCACUGGACUUUGAGCAGGACCCUCAAGAGGUUCACCCACAUUAGGACAUUAUGAUAACCUGAUCAUCGCUGUAUUACUGUCACCUGGAAGCUGGUUUUCCCUCCCAUAUCCAUAUCUUGUCUUUAGUAACUGGACUGUUCAUCAUGUGCCUUUUAUGGUAUUUUUUUGAAACAAACUGGCAUGUAGUUUUGAAUGAUCCCAUUAGAUUUCUGUGCAUAUCUUAUGUUUUUCAGUGUUUACUCUUCCCUUUCCAUUUUGCCUUACCAAGAAGCAGCAAGAUUUGGCAGACAGAACGGGAGAUAACAUGCAGGCUCUUUCUGCUAUGUUCAUAGCUUCUUGUUUUGCAAACAAAUGUCCCUCCUGACUGUAUUUUCAAUGUAGUAUGUACUUCCAGCUUCUUUUGUUAUGGUAUAAUUCAUUUGUAGCAUAUGAUGAUACACUUACAUGUGUAGUGUACCUUUAACAGUCACCCUCACAUUUGGAGAUAUGUAGUGACUGGAAGUCUAGUUCUGAGCACUAAGUUUAAGUUAAAUAAAUGUUGACUUUCACUUUGGUGGUCUAGCGUGAGAAUAUCACAGGGCUUGUGUUCUUGCAAAAUUCUUCUGUAGAGAACUUUGCAUCAAGUUGGUAACUUGGGAGACCUGAACUGGCAGGGCUGUGUGAGCCUCCCAGGCCAGUGGAGGUUGGACAGAGAAGCUGUUUUCUUACAAAGCUGUCAUUUCCUACUUUUAAAAUGUAGUAUGUUGGAAAGCUGCCAGAUUAAUAACCUUGAAGAUUGCAAAUAUUUUUAUCCACUGUAGUUAGUUACGCUGGCAAUAGCAAUAUAAACUGCUGCAUAAUACCUCAUCCAGACUAAAAUAGAGUACUUGUCACUAAUAUAGCUCAGUCAUUUCGACUAAUUGAGACUCAUGCUUUUAUUUUGGUUUUAUUUUAAUAAAUGGACUAGUUAAUUGCCAACUGUGCUGUAGAUGCCUGUUGAAGUAAGGAAGCCAUCAGUUCUCAACUAGAAGUAAUUGUUUAUAUGAGCAUAGGACUGGCAGGAUGAAAUAUACUUACUAUAAUACCUUUAUGUAUUUCAAUGUGGGAAAAGAAUCUUGUGUUAUUUAUAAUAAAAUAAUGUGACUAACUGAUGGAGACUGGAAAAUUGAGAUUGUAUCUAAAAUAAUGCUGCACAAUGUUGCCACAGUUUAACAAGUAAAGAUUUACCAUCUAAUUCUGGAUUUGUUGACUUAAGAACUUUAGUAAUCUCAAACAAUAUACCAGAGACAGUUGUGACUGAUAAUUUACAUAUAGUUUUGUUAUAUUUAAUUAAGUAGAUUCAAGAAGAUUGUUACCUUAAUAGAGCCUAUCUUUGCUUAAAUUGUGACUAAAGUCACAACUUGCCAGUCACCUGAAGUGUGACUUGACUUUGAAGAUGGCUUCUUCCAAAUGAUUUUAAAAGUUCCUGAUUUAUGAGAUAUUGAACCUGCUGAGCUCGUGUGCUCAUGAAGUAAUUUUGAUUGUGCUAUUGAAACCUUUGAGGUAUAGCCUGAAUUAAAAUCAGAAAGAAAUUGUGUCAAUAGUUAGUGUACUGAAAUCCUCUUACUCAAAUCCCUAUUGCUGGUUUGGACUGAUUGGUCUUGUCAAUGCUAAUGCAACAACUUUUUUCAAAACCAGAGGUAAGAAUGGGUACAUACAUUAUUAUAGACAUGCAUAUACUACAAAUUCUGACCAAAUUUGCUGUAGCUUCAUUAGGGAAUUGAUUAAUAGAAUGUAAUGUGAAAGAAGUAUUAGACUCCAUAAUCCUAAAGGAUAUACUCUUCAGUUAUCCCUUAGGACUUGCUGUCAUCGAAUCCCGUAGCUAGUUGUAAGCAAAGUUACCACACUCCAGUGUAAAACUCAGUGAGCUCCUUUUCUCUUCCAUCCUUUUUUCACUUCUGCUGAAAAGGAUUUGCAUGAAACAUUCAUCCACUAACAGCCUCUGUGAGUUGGCUGACAUCAGAAAGCUGCUAAAAGUUGGUCACCUUUCCACAGUAUGGGUAGGGUCUUUCCAAUACUGUUAAUAAUAGUAGGUUAAAUUAGGUAUUAGGAAAAAUUCUUUACUGUGAGGGUGGUGGGACACUGGCACAGGUUGCCCAGAGAAGCUGUGGAUGCCCCAUCCCUGGAAUGUUCAAGGCCAGGUUGGAUGGGGUUCUGAACAACCUGGUCAGUGGAAAGUCCUGCCCAUGGCAGCGGGGUUGGAAUGAUCUGAUCUUUUUGGUCCCUUCCAACCCAGACCAUUUAAUGAUUUUGUGAUCUUUUGCUUGUGCUAUAAUCAGGUGAUGAUGCCUCAUGUCUUGUGGAUUUUGCACUGGUUUUGCUUGGGAUGAGUUAAUUUUCUUCACAGUAGCUGGUAUGAGGUUGUGGUUUGGAUUUGUGCUGAAACCACUGUAGAUAAUGCAAGGAUUUUUUCAGUUAUUGCUGAGCAGUGCUUGCAAUGAGCCAAGGCCUUUUCUGCUCUUCAUAUGACCCGCCACCAAUUGGGUUUGGGGUGCAGAAGGAGUUGGGAGGGGACACAGCCAGGACAGCAGACCCAAGGGAUACCCUAAACCAUAUGAUGCCACGCUCAGCAACAACCCAGGGGGAAGGCUGGCAGUGAAGAACUGCAGCUCAGGGACUGGCUGAGCACUGGUCUCUCGAUGGUGAACAAUUAUUUUCAUUUGCAUCACUUGUCUUUUUUGGGUUUUAGUUCACUCUGUGUUAGUUCCCUUUUUAUUAAUUUUUUUAUCAUUACUAUAAUUAUUUAAUUUUAAUUAUUUAAGUGUUCUUAUGUCAAUCCAUGAGUUUUCUCGCUUUUACCUUUACAAUUCUCUUGCCAUCCCACUGUGGGUGGGAACUGAGCAAGGGGCUGUUUUGGGGCUUAAUUACUUGUGGUUAAAUCAGAAUAUUACUGGUUAAACCACUUUGUGACUCAGCCAUCCUGUGUCUCACCUUCUAGCCUUUUUGAAGGCUAAAUCUCUUAAAUCACCAAGUCUGAGAACCCAGUAGUUCAGCUGUUUCCUGUUUCUCUUGCUCCAAGUCUGAAAAUCAUAUUUUUCCUUUUAUAAAUUGAGUUUCAGUGUCACGGGAUAGCAGUGGACUGUACGGACCACUGUUUUUAACCACAAUAUGAUGCUAUUUGCCUCAUUUUUAACGAGAUCGAGCAUUUCAGUCUCUGCUGAAUACCAAGAAUGGAUGAGCUGAUGACCCACUAUUUGCAUGGCUUCCAAAUCUUAUGUAUCAGCAAUAUGGGAUUUGACUUGGAUCACAUUUGACGUGCUCAAUUGGUCGGUGUUAAUAAUGCCAGGGUCACGGGUUCAAUUGCCCCAUGGGCCAUUCACUUAAGACUUGGACUUGAUUAUCCUUGUGGGUCCCCUCCCCAGAAUAUUCUGCGAUUCCUGAGGACAAAUUUGAGUAAGCUGCAAAAAUAUGUGCAGGUUGUGAUCCCAUGACUGGACAGUGGAGUGAGGUUCCUGUGUGCACAUAACUAUUAUCCUAAUAAGGCAAGUAAAAAUGAAACAGUGAAACUAAUUGUGUAAACACAGCUGCAAUACAAACAGGACUCUCUUAAGUGUGAUUUUGUCAGGAACUGGAAAGGAAGUAAUAGUUUCUAUCAUCUAUGCUAAAAAUUUCUGAUGCGAGUAGUUUCUAAGUCAGAUUAUGAAAACCAUUUCUGGUGUCUCAAGUAUGAUGUAAGCUGCAGCUUUGGAAACAGCACACUGUGCACAUGGUGUCUUGUCAUUCC